AUGUCAUCGAGCCUGAGCCCGGCCACCAAGCGUGUCACCAUUGAUAGCUUGCUCCUCCAGUUCCUCGAUACUCAUCCGGUCAACCCCAACGCGGCGAUUAGCUACUACACUAGUCCGAGUAACGCACCUAACCACAACGUCAACUCUAAUUAUUAUGCUUCCACCGGCACCGGACCCGUCCCGGGAGCGCUGCCGGCAGCUCGGCCUCCUCUUGCCACUGCCGAUGCGAAUCGACCAGUGAGCGCGCUGUUGACUUCGACUGCUCCUGUAGCCGACCGAAAGCGCAAAGGCGGACCUUCGGCAUCGCCCGAAGAAUCCAACCCGGCCUCAAAGAAGGCACGAAAGUCGGCCUUUUCGGCGACUGGUCCGUUCUACCUUGAUGUCUCAUCGGUGAGUCUCUCGGGGGAGGCUACGCACUCGGUCCCCGUCUACGACAUGUGCGACACGGUCCGGCGCAAGAUCCGCGCUGCCCUCCGUCGAGACGGUGUCACGCAGGCGGCGUUCCUGCGAGCCAUUGCCGCUACGUACAGCGACGGGCGCAAGAUCCAGAACAAGCAGCUCAACGACUUCCUCGCCAAAAAGGGACCGCUCUCGGGCAAUCGGAGCUGCAUCUACUACGCAGCCUACGUCUUUUUCGAGAAAGUCCGCAUCAGGGACGGGAAAGAGAAGGAUAAGGAUCGGCUUGGCGUCGAGAAGCAGUGGCCCGGCGGCGUGGAUACGGUCAGGGACUGCACGUAUGUCUGGUCGCGUGCAGAUGCCGUGCAUAUGGGCAGGUAUGGCGGCAUACACAGCGUCCACUACGGCAAGGGAUGA